GGGGUGAGUCUUUCUAUAAGAUGAAUAUAAUUACUGAAAAUGUUGAACCCAUUAGAAUUACAUUUCGAAACUAAACUUUAUGAAGACACUGACAUUAUUACUGGUGUGAUCAACACUUCUGCUGAUAUAUAACAAUAGCAGUGCGCGUGAGCUCUGUGACAGAGGCCGGCGAUGGAUUCGGACACUCCGGAGGAGGUGAUGGAGGAGUUUAAGGAGAGGCGCUUCGGCGGCUGGGGCGUGCUGCAGCUCACCGCCGGCACAGGGCUGGCUGUCUACGCUAUGUGGGCGGGGCUCCUCAUGCCGGGGUUCCGGAGAGUUCCGCUGAGGUUACAGGUGCCCUACCUCCCAGCCAGCAGGAAGCAAGUCCACAAUGUGAUGACUCUGCUGAAGGGUCGAUCGGGAGGCAUCGCUGAUCUGGGAUCAGGAGACGGAAGGAUUGUGCUGGAGGCCCAUAGGCAGGGCUUCCACCCCGCAGUGGGGUAUGAGCUCAACCCCUGGUUGGUUCGCUUGUCCUACUUCCAUGCCUGGAGAAGAGGCCAUUUUGGGAAAGUGUCCUAUUUGCGGGAGGACCUCUGGAAGGUCAGUCUAGUAGAUUGUAAGAACGUCACUGUGUUCUUGGCACCGAGUGUGCUACCCCUCCUCCAGAAAAAGCUGCUCGCCGAGCUGCCUGAGGAUGCCUUGGUAGUGGCCGGCCGGUUCCCCUUCACCGAUUGGACCCCCUGUAAAGUUGAGGGAGAAGGAGUGGACCGAGCCUGGGCCUACUACAUACAGGCCCAGAGACAGCCUGCAGCCCCUUCUCAUCCAGCAGAGGGCAAGCUGAACUCCUGACCCCCAGUCUGGAGCCUCUCUUCAUCCAAUUUUGCCAGAUUAAUCUGGAGAUACUUGAGCAGAGGACCUGGAAGGCCAGAAGCACACAUCGUGCUCUUUGACAGUAUUAAAGCCAAAUACAGUUACCCAGUUAUUUGGGUAAAUUCAGGAACAUCAUGUGUGUAUAUUCUGUACAGAUACUUCUGAAGAGCCAAUAGGCUGCUGGACUUGGAACUGAAGACUUAUUUCAAAUGCCAGAAUUUUUGCCACAUGAUUUUAAAAGGAUUUUAAUGCUGUAGAUCCCUGGACUGACAAACCAUAAUGAAGGACUUCUCUGCUGUGCCAGAGAAUAGGAACUGAGAUUUCAUCUUCACACACUUUUCAUUUGUAUGAGGAAAUUUCAAUACUUUCAAUAAUUUCUUAACUGAAAGGGAUUUGGUGGUCCUCGCAGCUGGAAGAGAAUCAAAACCUGAUCAAGCCUUUCAGAAAUGGCUCAAGCGUUUUACUUCCUAGAGGGUUUUUUAGCAACACAAAUCUUGCUUCACAGAUUGGAUGUGCUUGAAAGCACCUGGGGCCUCAUUUUUCAAACACGCAUACACACGUCUUCUCCGCUCCACAACCAUUUGGCAAUUUUUGUCAUUUUUGCUUAAUGUGGAAAAGUGUACUGUACCUCUGUACAUUUUUCAGCCAUGGAUACAGUGAGCUCCAUAAUGUUUGGGACAGACAUAUUUUUCCCUUGAUUUGGCUUGGUUAAAGUGCAGAUUCUCAGUUAUUAUUAAAGGGCAUUUUCAUCCAUUUUGGUUUCACAAUCUCACGUUGUUAUCGGAAUAAAAAUGAUAUAACUUCAUAAAUAAACCGUUGCAAUGUGAGUGAAUUAAACGUUUUUUUUUUUCAAUAUUACUUCCAAUAAAUCAUGUUUUUACCUAUUAAAGAAAUGUAUACCCAU